UGUAUUUCUGUGUCUUUAUUUAGUCCUUCCUGUUAUCUGGCCAGUGAAGCGACGCUUUGCGUGGAGGACGGAAGGGAGGGUGGAAGGGUGAGCUGUCAGAAGGACUGGUGGACAGGUUGGUCAGUUUCUUUACCCUGCCAAGUCAUCUGUCCAUCACUGUGGCAGAGCUGCCUACAUCCUGUGGAUUUAUCUCUGUUUAAGACUGUGAGUGACACCUGGGAAGGCGAGAAGAAACCUGAGAGACAGGAGGCAGGAGGCUGCUCAAAUCCCCUCCUCACCUCGCCUCUCACUCCCUCCAUCUAUCCAUCCAUCCAUCCUCUGUGUGUGUGUAGAUGACCUCUGCUCUUCUGUAAAGUCAACUACUCAGCAUCAUGAACAAGAUGAAGAACUUUAAGAGACGUUUCUCUUUGUCGGUUCCUCGGACUGAGACGAUUGAAGAAAAUGAGUUCACUGAGCAGAUCAACCAGCUCAACAUACGGCACACUCAGGGCCUGACUCCAGACAGACUGGGUCCUCCAUCUCAUGAUGUCAGCCCAGUGAGCCCUGAACCAACCACUCCAGGAGCUCAGUCUCCAUCCCACCUCCACUACCACAGCAAGGCCCAGCACAGACGCUUCUCCAUGGAGGACGUUAGUAAGCGCAUGUCCCUGCCAAUGGACAUCCGCCUGCCUCCAGAGUUUCUGAAGAAGUUGCAGAUGGAGAAUGAAAACUCACCGCUCUGCAAACCUCUCAGUCGCAUGUCUCGACGCGCCUCACUGUCUGACAUAGGAUUUGGGAAACUGGAAACAUACGUUAAGCUUGGCAAACUGGGUGAGGGGACAUACGCUACAGUCUUUAAAGGGCGGAGCAAACUCACUGAGAACCUGGUUGCACUGAAGGAGAUCCGGCUGGAGCACGAUGAGGGGGCACCUUGCACUGCUAUCAGAGAAGUGUCUCUGCUAAAGAACCUGAAGCACGCUAACAUUGUCACCCUGCAUGACAUCAUCCACACCGACCGCUGCCUUACUCUGGUGUUUGAGUAUCUUGACAGUGAUCUUAAACAGUACUUGGACAACUGUGGGAACCUCAUGAGCAUGCAUAAUGUCAAGAUCUUCAUGUUCCAGCUGCUGCGUGGUCUGUCCUAUUGUCACAAGAGAAAAAUCCUCCACAGAGACCUAAAGCCUCAGAACCUGCUUAUCAAUGAUAAGGGCGAAUUGAAAUUAGCUGAUUUUGGUCUGGCCAGGGCCAAGUCCGUCCCCACUAAGACCUAUUCCAAUGAGGUGGUAACGCUUUGGUAUCGACCUCCUGACGUGCUGCUAGGCUCUACAGAAUAUUCCACACCCAUCGACAUGUGGGGCGUAGGCUGCAUCCUGUAUGAGAUGGCAACAGGUCGUCCUAUGUUUCCUGGUGCCACUGUGAAGGAAGAGCUACAUCUAAUUUUUAGGCUCAUGGGCACUCCGGCAGAGGAGACCUGGCCUGGUAUCAGCAGUAAUGAGGAAUUUAUGUCCUACCUCUUUCCUCAGUACAGACCUCAAGCUCUCAUCAACCAUGUGCCCCGGUUGGACCCAGAAGGGAUUGACCUGCUGUCUGCUCUGUUGCUGUAUGACACCCGGAGCAGACUCUCCUCUGAAACCGCUCUACGUCACCCCUACUUCCUGAGUUUGGGAGACAACAUUCAUAAUUUGGCAGACACUGCUUCAGUGUUUUCUCUCAGAGAGGUGCAGCUCCAGAAGGACCCAGGACACCGCAGCUCAGUAUUCCAGCCUUUAGGUCGAGGAAAGAACCGAAGACAAAGCAUCUUCUAGAGGUCGUGGAGAGGAUGAAGAGAGAAGACGGCGAGGAACUGCCUUUUCAGAUCACAACACCAAGGCCAUCGCAGCUCAGCACAUUCACAGCAUGUUCACCUGCACGGACAAACACGCACUCAUUUCCAUGGCAGCUGACCGUGGAGGCACACAGAGUUUCUGGAGACAAACUUGUAUUGCACUUGAAAUACCUUCUCUAUUCAUACAUAUUUGCACACAUUUGCACAAUCAGCUACACUGAACAUGCUGCCGUGAUGUAACUGGACACACGAGAGAUUCAUCCUCCCGACACGCACAUGCAUUUCAGCCUAAGAAGAAACGGAGCACUAAAUGAAACGCUCUGCUAUGCUAUACUUACACAGGCCUGCUUUACAUAGUGUUCAGAGCACACCCAGGGUUCUAGCCAUUCAAAGUAGCUGCUAUCACAACUGGAACAAUGGAUACAGUUGCAGGUGUGCGUGUCUUUGCCCUAACAGAAAUGCAAGUAUUGCAUUAUGUGUUGAGUUUGUUCCAGGUCAGUUGGUUUCUAAAUUAUUUUCUGGUUUUAUCUUACAAAACUUAUGGUCUAACACUGAUAUGUAGCUUAAAGACACAGUUUGGCAACCAAGGACCCUUAUGAAUCCUAAUUCUUCUCUCAGCUCAACAGUGAUUCACCAGGGAUUUGUAGUUUGAGGACAGGGUUAAAACUUAUACACCACCACUACCCACAGAAAAGGCUGACCAGAAACCAAAGAGAAUAGUCACAUUUUUUUCUGUUACUUGGAUUAUCGAUUUUGUGAUGUAAUUUGUUUAAACAUUGUGUAAAUAUAUAGUUAAUAUUUUAUUGUCACACAAGAUGUUCAUAUCAUGUUUUUAAGCCCCUUUGCUUUGCUAAUCUGAAAUUUAAAAAACUGUAAUGUUAGAUAAAACUCUGGGUGCUGCUAGGCACUUGCUCAAUAACGGAAUCGUAUGCAUUUGCAAAGUGUUUUGGCGAACUGAUGAGGCAAAAACAUUAUGUGGCUGACAGAAAAACACUCAGUAAGGCUUCAUGGUCAUUCAUUACUUUGCAUAAUGUGACAAGCUAUGCAUAAUGUGCAUUCACUAGUGACGGUUAGCUAUCCCAGCUAGCUAAAAACUUAUUCCAAAUCCCACUGACAUUUGAAAUUAUGCUAAUAGCUAAAAGUUUAUUCUGGAAGGGCAUCUUUUAAAAUGGCACGUUAUAGGCACACAGAUAUUAAAUUAGAUAUUUGAAGACUGAUAUAAUAUUAUUGCUCAAUAAUCAGUCUGUUUAACAGUGCAGGGUUGCAUGGAAGUUUUAGCAUGUAGUGGUCAAACCAUGUUCAGUUUCUGUGUUUACUGUGUGUUGCAGAAGGCGUUGAUGCUCUCUUGGCUUUGUAAUGAAUAUAUACUUGUAGGUGCUGCUUUCAGUCUUGUGAGGUGCUUCUCUGCACCUGCUCACCUGACCAAGGAUUCAGCACGGCACUAAUCUGAAAUGCAGUCGCAAUUUACUUACACUUUGACAGCACAGUAAAUGGGUUUAAAUGGUGUGAGUUGCAUUUGACGGUGGAUUUUUACCGCUCAAGUUUAUGAAAAGCACCUGUAGAAUUGGAAAGUUAACUUUAAGUGUUAUAUUAUCGAAGUAUUAGGGUUGCUAACAACAACUUAAGAUAUUUUGUUAUUAAAAUAUUCUUAUAGGGAAACCCACAGAUCCAAAAUCAUUUUAAAAUUCACUCAUGGUCAUUUUUAAUUGAGUAUGAGCCUCUGUCCCAUAGUUACAACUGGAGGUUCAGCUCUUCAUGAACAAUAUGGCAACCGUGUUGACACAAUGGUCCAAUGAACCAAGCAUUGCAGCAUCUACAUGUAUAUACCUUAUCUCAACUGUUGUUAUUGAACAGAAUGGAAUCGGAUGUAUUGUGAUAUUACCUCCGACAUAUAACAGUCUUGAAGUUGUAGGCAUAGCGUCACACUGCUCAUUUGCAGUACCUCUGCCGUCACGUAACAACCACUGAAGCUACCAUAAAAUCUGACUCCGUUGUGAAUAUAAACCUGGAAACUGGAUAGACUCGCCUCGCUACAGUGCCCGUGUCUCCUCGUUGUGGGGGUAACAUUCCUUACAGUGUUAACAGCUGACUUUCACACCAGUUUGUUGAAGUUGCCUUAGUAAACUGUGCAUGAUAUUUUAGCUUGUGAAGAAAUUAUAUUUGCUUCAGUGUAUCCAAUGUGCUAGGAGGCAUUUAUUUUGUGUAUGUAAAUAACUCACUAUGGGUGUAUGUAUUUUUGUAGUUUCCUAUUUGCACAAGCCGGAAGUGUCCUCUGAAGCCUGUUCCCCUCCCUUUGUGUCUUUCCUUACACGGUUCCAAAGUAUGACCCCAUAUUUUACCAAACCCCCCAUUCCUAAACCAGUGAAUGGAGAAAAUAUGCCCUGUAGGUACUUUCUAGUAUCAGUUUAAUAGGGGUCACCACUACCCUAAAUAAUUUGCACAGCCUGUUGUUAGAGAGCAGCUUUUCACAGUAGAUUCACUAAACAAAAGCACAUACAGUGAGAAGUACACUCAUCUGUUAAUAGACAGGUGAGAAUUUCACAACUGUGUUUUUAAUAGUUCCCAUGUGAUCAUUUGAGCCAAGAGCUUAUGUGUAUGUCCUGUUCAAUGAAUAUUAUCUGGAGACAAAAGUGAUAAUGGCUUUUGGAUAUUGAUACUCUCCUCUGUCCUUAAUUUGCUCUAACAUCUUGCCUGUCCUCUUCCUUCUUGUUCAGUGCUGCUGAGGUAUCCUCAUUAACACCUCUGAGGUGUUGAGGCAACUGAGGUAUUAUUAAUAGUUUUAGAUACACCGUUUGGUGCCCUUGGACACAUCAUCAGUGAUGUAACCUGAGGUCAUGGGGGGUUUCGGGUCUCUCCAUUGAAAAAGAAGAUAGGCAUUAUUUUGUGACACGUUCAAAGUCUAAGUAUGUGAUCUGUAGUAAAAAGGUCCAUAAAAUAUGUGAAAAUCUCAAAGACCACUGUACUGGGACCACUGCUCUCCUGCCUCGCAGUAUGUGGUCACCUCUGAGCUAAAGCGGUACUGAGUAAGCACUGGUUUUGAAACUUUCAGGGUGGUGCUUACACCGCUGAACCUUGCAGAUAUAUUAGUUUGUUUUGUCUGUAGUUACCAGCCCGGCUGCCUUUGUAAGAAUUCAGCUCUGUAUGUAUGAGAGAGACAUGAAAAAGUCCCUCCUUCCUGUUUUUUUUUAUCCUUUUGCAUAUCUGUCACACUUACAGGUUUCAGAUCACCAAACAAGUUUUAAUAUUAAAAUAUUAAUAUAAUAUUUUAAUAUUAGACAAAGACUGAUCCAAACCCAAUGUAAGGUUUAUGUCACAGCUUGCUAACAGUAUCAAUAAUUACAGUUGUUUCUUUAAUGCUUAAUCCACCAGUUUGUGCAACAUAUUUAAUCAAAAUCAUAUUUUUAAUACUACAGUGUAGUAAUUGUCAUUAUCUAUGAACUUUCAAAUUUACUAUUAUACAUAAAUCCAAAAAAAUAAAAUAAAAAGCACAUCAUUAUUAUUUUUGUAUUAAGAUAAAUAAACUAAAUUGUUAUAAUUUUUUGCUGAUAUUCAAGUACAAAAUUAGUUUUGGUGGUUGAAUGCUACACCUGAUUGAUGUCUGAUUAAAGUCCAGUGUCGGCUCAAAUUUGAGUAUAAAAACAUGAAUUCAGUAAUAAAUAACAAUCACAUUUUUAGUUUUAAACGUGUUUUUAACAGAUAUCUAAAAUAUCUGUUUUCUAGUUUUUAUGAAAGGUGGUCUAAAAAAUUGGUAAGCGCUCUCCAUACAGUAAAUAGAUACAGGAAGGCAACCCAGCAGCCUUUGUAAGGCUUUUGGUUGGGAGACCAGUCAUUGCAUUUUGAGCAGAAUGGCUCUAAAUCACUGCUGUGUAUUCCAGACAACCCAUGUGGUCGUGCUUUAAACUUGCAUUCUUUCCUAAGGCCAGCUGUGAGCAAGUCCUCUAGUUGCAAAAAGAAGUCCAGUAGAAGUCUGUUGUUUAAGCCUGUGAUCUCAGUAAACACUGUCCCCAUCAGCCUAUGCUAGUUCAUGUUCUAAAUGAUGGUCCCUGCUAAAGUGAAAAGGAAGAGCAAAGCUGGGAAUGCUGUAAGGCUGUGACUGAUGUGUUGCUAUUGUAUAAGCUUCACGCAUUACAAUAACCUGAGGAUUAUGAUGGACUGUGAAGUAGAUGGGCUACUAUGUCACUGGCAUUCUGGUGUACAUGUGAGUCUAGUUUUAAUAUAAUUUUAAUGCAGAGUAACUGAUGUCACACCAUGUGGUAUAGGUUGCUAAUGGUGGAUGGCUGUGUGCUGUUUUAUUGAUGUCAAGGACAGUUUGAGGUCAUCCUGGCUGCUAAAAAAGACCAACCCUUGAUUUUUAUGUUGCAGUAUUGGGUAUUGCUGCACAUCUAAUGUGAACAGUCUCACAGGCUGCAGUAGUUUUAACAUGCCAAAUGAGGCGUUGAGUGGGGAUGGCAAUUCCAAGAGGCUGUAAAAGCCUUUUUGGGUGAGUGUAGAUAUGUCCUAAUGAAAUCUACUGCCACUCCAGUUGUAUUUUACUUAGCUUGAAUAGAUAAGUCAAUCCACAGAUUUACUGGCUAUGUGUGCUCUCUAUCCAAGUGCAAACAAACAAAUGUCACUUUAAAGUGCUCAUAGAGGACAGCAGUAGAGAAGCAGAGAGCUGGGUCCAAGUGUCCUUAAGUCAAGCAGGUGCUUGCUGAGCACCGUCAAUGGGGUUACGCUUGUAUAUGAGUGAAGAGACAGACGCCAUUCAAAUUUUUUUCUACCUCUACAAGUGGGUGAAUAGAAUAAUGGUACAACCAUCCCAACCUCUGUUCACCUGUCAGCGUGUUAGAGCAAAGAUAGACACCGAGGAGAGGAAUUCAGGGCCCACCUGCAGGGACUUCAGAUGGAUGUAUCGCUGUAGACGUUACACUUCCAACCUUCCCCUCCUCCUCCCUCAAUGGCAGAAGUAUUACUGUGUGUUUAGUUGUGGUAAAUGAAGCUAUUUUAAAUAUUGUAAUAAAGAAAAAAUAAAUAAUAUAUGUAUUUUAACAGAUGUUCUCAUUUUUCUCAGUGAGUUUUAUGAUGUUAAAAAAAAGCGGAGCUCUUAAAAUAAAAAUAAAGAAAAAAACUGUAGAUGACGUCUAAAUGUUUUAUAAACGAUGAGUUUAGAUUUUGUAUAAGAUGUGAUAUUUUGUGGGAUUUGUCUACACUGUUAUACAACGAGAAAUUGAAUGUACUGUGACCGCCAUAGGCAUAAAACUGAUUGAAUAAUUGCUCACUUAAUGAAUCAAUAAACUGCCGAAAUUGUGGA